CUGUGCUUCUUAGCUCUUUCCCUCAUGACGUUGACGUUUCUCUUUUGACGUAGUAGUUUCUCUAAAAAAAACAGCGUUCUCAUGAAAGAUAGCUAGAAGAAUUCUAUCCACAGGUAUCCCGACUGGGGAAACACCUGCUCGAACCAUCCCAAGACUUAGAGACAGACUGAUUGGCUGAAUCUAGUAAAUUUAUUAAUUCAUUUAUUAAUAUCUUUAUCAUGAUUGGUUAAUUCGAUUUGAUGUGCAGCAACAAGCUAAGGUAUUCGUAUGUAUCCAUGGGAAUUUUCAACUUUGGGAUUAUGCCCUUACAUUCAAAAAGUGUAGGCAUCGAUUUGAUUUUUCGUUCCAUGUGAAUACAUAUCACAAGGGAAUGCCUUGUCGAGAAGGAGUCGAAUUGGUCGGAUUCGAGGACUUGUAACACGUAUAUUUGUAAGCCUUGAAAUGUCACCGUGAAAUCAGUACAAACCUUUCAAUCGUGAGAUAUUCCCCGCUAGAAUGAACUACAGCUACUACUCACAACUGCUGGAUAGCUAUCGCAGGCGUAUGGAACCAAAUGUUAGUCUUCUGAGCAUACGCAGAGCAGUGUGUCACAGUUACCAGAACGAGGCUGCAAAGUACCACGAGAGGUGCCGCCAAGAGCGCGCCAAGCAACGACGAACACAGAUACAAACAGAGCGGGAAAUCAGUACAAUAAUAAAAGAACUGAAAAAGAAGGAGAGGGAAAUCGGCCAGCGAUAUGCCCAUAUCAAGAAGCGUCACGCCUCGUCAAUCAGCAAAAAACGGACACUAGAUGAAGACCGUCCGAAGGCCAUCACAGUAUUCGUCCCAUCCAUGAACAUCAGUAAAGCCGGAGCUACAGGACAAAAUGACAAACCAACACAACCGGUAGAGAAAUCGUCAAAUAUCCAAACGGAAACAGAAGUAGACCAAGAAACCUAUCGGAACCGAAGCCAAAAGGAAAAGAAAAGACAGACACAAAUCGACGUUUUCCAGAUACCAAAAAUAACACCGUCAAUUUGGGCGUCGCGCGAAGAGUCUGACCUUGGAGUAAAGGCAGCCCAGGCAUACGAACAGCGGCUACGAGAGAGAUUGGGUAUAGCGUGUGAAGAAACAAAGCAUGUUAAUGAUGAAGCUAUCCUAAUCCUUGAGCAAGCCCACCAAACAUACGAGGAUCAGACCUGUAAGUUGCCAGCGAUCAGCGUUAGUGAAGGGGAGACGCGCAUGAAUUACAUUGAGCAGAGGUACUUUAAGACUGACAAGCAAGAAAUGAUGCCGGAAGACGGAACAACACAAUACAAGGAUGACACGGACUCGUACGUGGGGCCUGGAUACCACCGCAGUGAUACAUACGAAUUACUUAUAGUAGACCAUAAUGCACAGCGAAGCGAGGUAAAAAAAGUUCGACAGAGAACUCGGGAAAAUGACCAAUCAUACGACAUCUUGACGAUUACGGAAAAACCUAAAGUAAAAAAGCAAUGAGGUCUUUCACAUUCUGCAGGCAAGUCAAGAAAUAAUGAAUUUAGAUCAAUUAUACUGUGCACAGUAGACGUUUAUAAACAUGAUGGCUCCAAGAACCCACCGCAUUGGGAACGCACGGGAAAUAAACGCUGUACAUAUAAGCUCAGGUAGUCCCCCGGGAAGGGGGAGAGGGGGGAGGGGGGGAAUUUGCCUGGUACUUUAGAAGUCAAGAGAACGUGUCGCCGUGUCCCUUUUUUUUUGUCAAAUAUUUUAUCUCGGGUUAGAAAUGCAUUUUUGAGGUUAAGGUGCAAUUUAAAAAAUAAAGAUUUUUUAAGGUUAAUUUGUCCUACUUCUGAAGAAGUAAUUAAUGACGUCAUGUCACUUGUCUAUUUUGUCAGACCCCCCCCCCCCCCCCCUGGCCUUAAAACAACUUGGCCUAAGUUUGGUCGUGCCACAACUCUCGUAGCUCAAGAUAUUGAUAUUCGUAUUUUUGAUGACGUCACCCCCUUGACGAAUGGACGACUUACCCUUAGUUUGGUUGUCUUGCGAAUUGUUCUUUCGAAAUCCAUCCAAAUUCCAUAUAAAAAUUCAUGGUUAUUGCAUUAAGUGUCGAGUGUUCUUAACCCUUUUCAGACUGGGCUAUUGUGAGCUGUCUUUGGGGGGGGGGGGGGGGGGUGGGGGCUAAAAGGCCCCCCUCCGUAUUUUAUGAACAGCUUAGGUUAUGACCUAGACUUACAGACAAUGACCACCAACAUGCAAAGAAUCGUCAGGCCCUAUUUUGGGUGUGGUCGAAUCAAUGAUGACGUCACAAUGGCGUCAUAAAUACGGUGUCUAGCUAUUCUUUCACAUAUUGCCUAAAUUAUGAGAUAUCGGGUUGAAAUCAUUUUGCAUCAUUCAGAUAUGUUAAAAUCAACCAUUUAACGGCUUUACAACGCCAUCUUGGAUUCUUAUGAUUUUUGCAAAAUUAAAAGAAAAUCUUGAAUUAUUACAGAAAAAAAGUAUUUGCAUGCAUGUAUUACUUCCCAAGGUAAUGAUAAUUGCAUAAUAUUA